AUGACAACAAAGCUCAGUAGUUGGAGGGCACUAUGGGCCAGGAAGCUUGAUGGGCUUGAUGAGACAGCUGGCAUGAACAUCUACCAGCUCACACCCGCUGAAGUACCUAAGUCUCUCGUCGGCAUUCGUACGAUUGAUGAUUCGCUCAGUCAUGAGGCUGACUACGUCUUUGUUGACCUCACUCGAACCACCAAGACUGGUUUUAUCAGCGAGUCUGGGCGGAUGACUGUAGCAGGCUCCCGCGCUCACAUUGGUACUGUCUUCAUCGGACCUGGAAACCAAGUUCACCUCAUCUGGCCCAUGACCAUUCCGCUUUACCGACAGGUCAAUCCCCUUACGAAGGGGCUCCGUUCCUAUCAUUAUUGCCAGUGCUUUUCGGCAGAGCAAUUAUCGACACUUGCUGCCCGGCUCACCGAGAACCUCUCGCUCGCCCUUCAGGCUCAAUGGCAGUCUGCAUUCUCUAUCUACAUCAGGAGCACCCAGCAGUUUCCACCUAUCGGAUUGACUGUUGGACAGCGAGAUUUCAAGGCCGUCUUCUCUUACCAGAGGCAGAUCAGCCUUUUCCAUCGCAUGGAAGAUGCUGGCCGAAUCCUAGCGCGCCUCCGCCGCAACUAUGGUGCACGCGUCCACGCCGUUUCCUGA